CGACAGAAACCGAGUCGUGAUCAUUCGGUCUAUCCGUGGGUGGUUAGGCUCCCUAAUUUACGUUUUUGUUUUUUUUAAACCUCUUUGAGAAAUAUUCCACCGUGUCAGAUCGUUGGGUAGCUACAACGAAUCUAUCAUUAUUCCCCCAUUUCUGGACGUUAAAGAUUUUUCUUCGGGUUUUUUUUUUCUCGUUGUAUGUGGAUGUGUGUGAGGGGAAACACUCCGCUCUGACACCGGGGAUAUCCCCCCAGCCCGUUCGCUCCAGCAUUGUUUUCCCAGGCUAGGCUAACUCGGCUUUACGGGGGGUGGAUUUCUAUCUUCUCGGCCCUAAGGAGAAAACAAAUACCAUGAAAUUUCGUCGGACUGUGAUAAGCCAAGGAAAAAGAGCCGACGAGGGAGAGGACGACGGGCCAGCGGGAGAGUUUCGCUCAGACGAUCAGCUAGGAGGUGAAAAGUAGAGCAGUUUUAUCGAUUAAGGAAGUUGAUUAGCUCGCUCCACUUCAAAUGUGUCGCCUUAUCACAGAGAUUCAUUAGAAGAGGCUCGGUUAUUUAUAGAAGUUACGUUUCAAAUAACCCACCAUACUAAUGCUGAGCUAGUAAAAAGCCCAACGGAAGCUAACCAGCUAGCUUAGCGUUAGCUAGAAAGUCGAAGGUUGUAAACAAAGGCUUCCCGGCUACGACAUCAACCCCCCUUUUAAAUAAGCAGUGAAUCUCAUCAGACAUGGAUUUAAAGACUGCGGUUUAUAACGCCGCCAGGGACGGUAAGCUCCGCUUGCUUCAGAAACUAUUGGAGAACAAAGAUGGACACGAAGUGAGCAAGCUGAUGGGGGAGAAGACGAACGGAGCCACUCCGCUGCUGAUGGCCGCUCGGUACGGCCACCUGGACCUGGUGGAGUACCUGCUGGAGUGCUGCUGUGCUCCGGUGGAGGUAGGGGGCUCGGUGAACUUUGAUGGGGAGACGAUAGAGGGGGCGCCCCCUCUGUGGGCAGCUUCGGCAGCCGGUCACCUAAAGGUGGUCCAGUCCCUGCUGGGACACGGAGCCUCUGUGAACAGCACGACCCUCACUAACUCCACGCCCCUGAGGGCAGCCUGCUUUGACGGGCACCUGGACAUCGUCAGGUACUUGGUGGAGCACAAAGCUGACCUGGAGGUGGCGAACAGACAUGGCCACACGUGUCUGAUGAUCUCCUGUUACAAGGGCCACAAGGAGAUAGCGCAGUACCUGCUGGAGAAAGGGGCGGAUGUCAACAGGAAAAGCGUCAAAGGCAACACCGCGCUCCAUGACUGUGCAGAGUCAGGUAGCCUGGAGAUCAUGCGAAUGUUGCUGCAGUAUGGUGCCACCAUGGAGCGGGAUGGCUACAGCAUGACUCCCCUCCUCUCUGCCAGCGUCACCGGUCACACUAACAUCGUAGACUACCUGACGACGCACCAGCAGACAAGUCACACGGAGCGCAUCGAUGCACUGGAGCUUUUGGGAGCAACAUUUGUUGACAAGAAGAGGGAUCUGCUUGGAGCUUUAAAGUACUGGAAGAGAGCCAUGGACCUCAGAUACACGGACAGCAACAACGUUGUUCAAAAACCAGAACCCAAGCAGCUGAUCAUGGCCUAUGAUUAUGCCAAGGAGGUCACUAAUGGGGAGGAGCUGGAUGGGUUGAUAUCCGACCCGGAUGAGAUGCGCAUGCAGGCUCUGCUCAUCCGAGAGAGAAUCCUCGGACCGCAGCAUCCAGACACCUCCUACUACAUCCGAUACCGAGGGGCCGUCUACGCAGACUCUGGAAACUUUGAGCGCUGCAUCAACCUGUGGAAGUACGCACUGGAAAUGCAGCAGAGCAACCUGGACCCCCUGAGCCCCAUGACCACCUCCAGCCUGCUGUCGUUCGCAGAGCUCUUCUCCUUCAUGCUGCAGGACAGGGCCAAAGGGCUCUUAGGGACAUCGGUGUCCUUCGAGGACCUGAUGGGGAUAUUGACCAAGAGCGUGUUAGAGAUUGAGCGAGCGGUCAAACAGCUCGGGCCGAUUCCUCCUGACCCGGCUCAGCUCAGUAAGGCCCUGUCUAUAAUCCUGCACCUCAUUUGUCUUCUGGAGAAGGUGCCUUGUUCUGCUGACCAGGAUCAUUCAAAGAAGGAAACCAUCUAUAGGUUCCUGAAACUCCAGCCGUGCGGAAAGAACGGCUUCACCCCUUUGCACCUGGCGGUCGACCGCAACACCACCUGCGUGGGCCGCUAUCCUGUUUGCAAGUUUCCCUCCCUGACAGUGGCGUCCAUCCUCCUGGAGUGUGGAGCGGAUGUCAACAGCCGGGACGAAGACGACAACAGCCCGCUCCACAUAGCUGCCUCUAACGGUCACCCUGACAUCAUGAACCUGCUCAUUUCCAAUGGGACUCACUUCGACAGCACCAACGCCUUCCAACAAACCGCCUGCGACCUCCUGGACGAGAAGGAGCUGGCCAGGAACGUCAUUCAACCCAUCAACCACAUCACGCUGCAGUGCCUCGCUGCCAGAGCCAUCAUCAAGCACAGCCUGGGCUAUCGGGGAAACAUCCCCGAGAAGUUGGAGGCCUUCGUUUUGCUCCACAGAUAAUGAUUGUACAGAAAGGGGGUGCAGCGGACUGAAAGGAGGAGCAGGAGUUUGACCGCCAUAGAGGUGAUGGAAUACAUCGAGGAGAUUCAGACGUUGUUUAAAAAAAAAAACAAAGACCGUUAUUUGGGGUUGGUUUGCAAGAAGCGGUUACUAAAUGCCCAAAUUAACUAGGAUGAACUGAAUUUGCCGAAAGAGCCGCAGUUCUGACUGCUCUUGUUCUACGGGAUGUAUUGGAAACAUGUUGCAACAUGGAUUAUAAACGGUUUUUUUCUUAACUGAAACAGAGGAAUUCUCAUAUUUUUGCUUUUUUUUUUUCAUAUUCCACAAUGCUAUUUAUUGAAUGAAACUUGAGAGAUUUUUCUCCAUGCUGGCUCCAAUCCAGCUGCAUCAUCACCUGCUUCUCUCCUCUCAAAUCUCCAGGAUUUGCUGCAAACGCCGGGGCUUCAGGUUAUCACUAUUUUUAUUUUAUUUUUUCCCCUCAUCCUCAUACUGUUGCCAACAAACCUGGACUCCUUAUUUUAUUUUUUGUACAUUAACACACAUUGGGUUUUUGUUCCUUUUCUUGAAAUCUGGAGAUCUGUAGGUUAGAUUUUACAGUCAUUUGUCUUUCCCACCCUGACAUGUAACAAAGCUUUACGAGAGGCGGGUUUGGUUUGGUGUGUGUGAACACCGUAAGUGCUUUAUUUUUCCUAUGCACAGGCUGGGCUGUUGGAAAGAGACUGUUGUAUUCUGUGCCGGCGCUUUGUCUGUGCAAUAUCUCAUGGGGAUUUUUUCGUUUACUCCAUUGCUUCCUUUCGUCACCCACCUACUCAGGUGGAGGUGAAACCAUUAUGCUGACUUUGAGAAGAGUGAAUGAUAUUUUUAUUUUUAUUUUACUUUGGAGGUGGUGGUGAAUGCUGUGCGGGUGUGUUUGCCAUGCGUUGUUUCUUGUAUGCACAGUGUUUUAAUCGAGCAUAGACAAACUGAGAGCGGGAGUUUAAUGUAUUGGCGCCCCUUGAAGAUUCUUUAUUGCACACGACUGCCACUGAGAAACCGCAGGGGCCCCAACUAUUUACAGUACACAAAAGUGACCUCUAGACUUCAUGUGUGGCUAAUCUUUUUAAACGGUUGAAUUUGUUUUUUUUUUACAUUUAACUCCAUCGUUAAAAAAAGCAUAAAAGUCCAGGUUUGCCCCGCUGUGCAUGUGCAGCAGCGCCAUUAGCUCUCAUGACGACUUCCAACUGCAGCUGGUUCAUCUUGUAAGACUGAAAAGCAAAGGGAGUGAAAGAAGAUUUCCUCGAUACACAGAUUAGUAAAGCUUUGUGAACAUCAUAUUUGCACAUUUAGCUCAAGGCGUGUGGGCGGAGAGGAAGACAAAAAAAAGGGCUUUUCAUAAUUUGUAGGAUUUCAUAUUGCAGUUCAAAACCUGACUAAAUGUACUAGGGCACCCAGGGCAACUUGAUUUGAUCUGCACUUUACUACAGCUGAGAUUAAGAUUUGAUAUGGCAUUAAUCAAAUUCAUGUCUUAAUUACCAGUUUGACAAUAAAACCAUGUUGCACAUGUA